GAUUUCUCACUUGCGGCAAGUUCGUCUUGUCGCAAUGGAAUGUGAGGUGGUGGUCUGAGCUGCGGUAGCCGAUUGCUCUUGGUACUUUUAAACCAAUAAAUCAAAUGUCAUAUAGCCAAAAUACGGUGCAAAGAUUUCUCAAAGUGCACACGAAGAAACAUAUUUGGUAGCUGUGGUUACUGGAGUCGCAAAGGCCUAUCAGGGGCUUAGGCCUUCAACGGGGUGUGCAUUUCAGAUAUCGAGGAAUCUUAUUUUACGAGGAUUUGUCGCGAUUUUUUCAGAAAGAGCCGAUAAAGUAGCUGCAAGUGGUAAAGAAAUUAUUAAUUUUAAUUAUCCCUGAAAGAGACAAUGAAAGAAGAAGAUAUAGAAAUUGCCAUAAAGGUCCUAGUUGUUGGCAAUGGGGCAGUUGGAAAGUCAAGCAUGAUCCAAAGAUAUUGUAAGGGCUUAUUCACAAAAGAAUAUAAGAAGACAAUUGGUGUUGACUUUUUAGAAAAACAGAUUAGUCUCAAUGGUGAAGAUGUUCGCUUAAUGUUAUGGGACACAGCAGGACAAGAAGAAUUUGAUUCACUAACUUCAGUUUAUUACAGAGGUGCACAGGCUUGUGUCUGUGUUUUCUCAACAGUAGACAGAGCUUCGUUUGAUGCAAUGCAGAGAUGGAAGGAACGGGUGAACGAUGAGUGUGGCGAUAUCCCUAUGGUUUUGGUACAAAAUAAAAUCGAUCUUGUCGAAGAUGCCAAAAUGCGACCUGAUGAAGCAGAGGCUCUGGCAAAGAAAUUGAAACUAAGAUUUUAUCGAACAUCCGUAAAAGAAGAUUUGAACGUCAAAGAAGUUUUCGCAUAUUUAGCUGACCGCUACAUUGACAGGGUGAAUUCAGCUGAGCCUGAAAAUGGCAUCGAUUCCUCAUCGUCACAUCAACAGCAAAUCGGUAUCUUUACAACAAAAACGGUUCCAGACACGUCAAGCGGAUCUUCAAACCACAAGUCUUCAAGCAAGAAAGGCAAAAAAGACACGAUACAACUUUCUUCGAAUAGACAGAAAUCUGCCAAGAAAAAGAAGCUUUGUUUCAAUUUUUGAUUAUUUUUCAGCUAGCAAAUUUUAUAGGCAUCAAUCAGGAUUGCAUUAUUAUUGAUAAUAAAGCUCAGUUGUUAAUCGAAAUCAUUAUUGAAAUAAUUGAUAUUUUGCAACUAUUUGUAGUCAUUCGAGUUUUACCAGUCAUGCUGUUGGCUUUUUAAUAUCAUUUUCCCUGGCCCUUGUGUUCUCAGAACUGCUAUAUUGAUUUUUGGUGAAACCGUUUAACGAGGUUUAAGAUUUUUGAAAUAUUCAACAGUAAAGUGAAAUUGCUUUUUCUUUGAUCACAUCUUUAAUUUUUCGUACAUAGUUUAUAAAAAUGCAAGUUAGAUGUGUAUUGAUUGUUACAAUUUCUGGAGCCAAUAUGCCAUCACCUGCAACAUGACAAAGUCCUUUUUGAAUCUUUUAUAGAAUAUUCUAACUGACUUUUGUUAUAUCGGCAGAUCGACACAACCUCCCUCGUUCCUGUCUUUAGAAUGACUUAUCCGCUUUCAGCCUUAGAAUGUCUU